GUGGUCACUGAGGAGGUCUUCACAACGACCAUAACGGAGACUGAAACAAUUAUGAACGACAGGCCUUUGGUAAAGAACAGCGCGGAUCCAAACGAGUAUGCUGUAAAACAAAGGUGGACCAAUGAGGCCCCACAACUUGCAAUCGGCGAUUUAGUCUUAAUCGUCGACAAAGUGGCACCACGCGGAUUCUGGAAGAAGGCCGUCGUUGAAGAGAUACUCCGAUCCAACGACAGUAAA